CCUUGUUCCAACAUGCGACGUACCUUGGGCUGUGGAAGCGGUAGCGGCGGUGGGAAGGUGAAGCUUCUGCGCCGCCAUUUCUUCGACAAAGUCGGGAGGGAUUGGGAGAAAGCAUGGACGCAGCAGGUGACCCCAUGGGAACUACAGGGAGUGAACCCUUCGUUUGUGGAAGGCCUGGCACUGCUUCCACCUUCCAACAACGAUCCAAAAGUCGGCGGACGCCGCAAGGCGCUAGUACCUGGGUGCGGAUCUGGCUUUGACCUCUUGCACUUGCAUGCACAAGGAUGGGAUGCCACGGGGUUGGACAUCUCGUCCACAGCUAUUGACGUCUCGCGAAGCAACCUUGGAAGGGAUGCCGACUCCAUCACUCUGGUGCAAGCAGACUUCUUCGCUCCGUCGACUCCGUCAGUCCACCCCCACUCGUUCGACCUCAUCUACGACUAUCUGUUCUUUGCCGCCAUCGACCCCAGCAUGCGCGCCGCAUGUGCCGCGCGGUUCCACGCCCUGCUUCGACCCGACACCGGUCGACUCGUCACGCUUCUCUUUCCGCUGGCCCCACCACCUCUCCCUUUGUCAUAUUCUUCUAUUUCCUCCUCCACGUCCACAGAUCAAGGACCUCCCUACGUGCUCUCACUCGACGACUACCGCCACAUCCUUGAACCCGCGGGCCUCGUCCUUGACUCUACGCAUGUGCCGACGACUUCGAUCCCGCCCCGGCGCGGCCGCGAGCUCCUUGCAGUGUGGUCGCGGAGUUAGAACCCCAAACUCUCCUUAAGUCGCAACACCUUAUUCCAUCAACCAGUCUCAUGUUUGGGUUGUUUGCAUGACUCAUCAUCUUGAGCUACAUCUAAUGGAGAUACCGCCAUGGACGUCGGCGCUUGGUUGAGCGUCGCCACCAAUUCCACCGUUUGGUUGUACACGACAAAUCCCUUGUCCGUGUCCUGUGGGGAUGCCACGUCAUCGUAUACAGCGUUCAAGUAGUCGCCGUACGCAAACCCGUCGACGUACAAAAAUAGCACCAAAAUCAGCCGACAUCCUGACGUAAUGGCAUGCCCUAUAUAUAUAUAUACAUAUAUAAACAC